AUGGUCAGGACCUUGAAGACCUCACCUUCGACAAAGACCAAAGUCUACAGGAGCUUGAGCAUCCAAGAGCAGCAGGAGGUUGACAUGAUUCUUGAGAAGGACAUCAUUGAUGGGAAGAGAGGGUCUGGUCACAGGAGUGUGGUUCCUUCCAGUGGGUCUGCACCUGUGAUCAGCGAAGAGGAUGUGCUCCAAGGAGCUCUUGCCUUCAAGCCUCCUCAGGCCAAUGGGAAGAAGCCUAGCAAGCCUGGGUGUGGCAAGAAGAAGAAAGGCAAAGCGGCCAAGAAGAAGCCUUCUCAGCCAAAGAAUCCAGGCCCUGCCAAACCAGCCCAAUCUAAGAAGCAGAAGCAGAAGAACAAGAAGGAGAAGGAUGCGCAGAAGGCACAGGGCUGUGGUUUGGAAGUGCCACCUGGUGUGUCCAGCUUCAAGUUUCAGAGCUCCAAGUAUGGCCAGUGCAAGCUGGAGAUGUAUACAGAGAAAUCGUACAUCAGAUACUUGGAUCCAUCCAGCAAGAAGUGGAAAUCCAUCAUUGGAUCAUCAGUGAUUGGGCACCACCAAAAACUUUGCCGCCUUUUGGUUCCUCAUGUGGCCUCUGGCCUGAAUGUGGCCAGUUUGCUUGAGCUGAGGGGCAAGCUGCUAGAACAGCUUGUAGAUGUGGAUUAG